AUUCCCACGAACCUCCUCCAUUGCUUUUCUUGUAGGAAAAACAAGGCGACGUUAUCGACAGUUACAAAAUCAUCCAUUAAAGAGCUACAAGAUUUGCAACUGUAUUUUCCCGCCUUUUCAUAUACUCAUCCCCAUAUAUAAUAUAUAGUUUUUAUAAUGAAGUUAUUAUUUGGUUAUGGAAUAAGCUAUACAUUCCACUUAUUGCUUCUCCUCAUCUCUUUCUCAAUUCCUGGUAAGAUCUAAUAUAUGUCCUUAUUUGAGAUCUUCAACUAAACGGGUUUGGACUGGGCCGGGAGGGCCGGGGACGACUUCUUUAUGACUCUGGCCAAGCUGGGUUAGACAAAUGUCUUACAGAGUCAGCCCAGAUUACGUCGAAUGUUUGGGAAUAAACUAUGGUCAAGUAGGCAACAACUUACCUCCACCGGAAACCGUAUUAUCCCUCAUUACAUCAUUAAAACUCACAAAGGCAAGAAUCUACGAUACAAACCCACAAGUCUUAAAAACAUUUGCCAAUUCAGGGGUAGACCUAAUUGUCACUAUUGAAAAUAACAUGCUAAACACCCUAAUGGACCCUCAACAAGCCUUCCAAUGGGUUACUACCCACAUUAAACCCUACUUUCCCGCCACCAAAAUCACCGCCAUUGCCGUCGGUAAUGAAAUUUUUACCGACGACAAUACGUCCUUAACCUCCUACAUCGUACCUGCUAUGAUAAGUGUUCAUAACGCGUUAACUCAACUCGGCCUCAACUCGUACAUUCAAGUAUUUUCCCCUACAUCAGCUGGUGUGUUACAAGAGUCUUACCCACCUUCCGCCGGGUCAUUUAAGCCGGAAUUAAUCGGAGUUAUGACCCAAUUUUUGCACUUCUUACAAAGUACAAAUUCAUCAUUUUGGGUCAAUGCGUACCCUUAUUUUGCAUAUAAAGAUGACCCCACACUUAUUCCACUUGACUAUGUUUUGUUCAACCCUAAUUCAGGAAUGGUUGAUCCUAUCACAAAACUACAUUAUGAUAACAUGUUAUAUGCUCAAGUUGAUGCCGUUAUUUUCGCAAUUUCACGAAUGGGGUUUGGUGGGUUAGAUAUACGGGUUUCAGAAACCGGGUGGCCCGCAAUGGGUGACCCGAAUGAGAUUGGAGCUACAGUUGAAAAUGCAGCAACUUAUAAUAAAAAUCUUGUUAGAAGACAAUUGGCUAAUGAAGGAACACCCUUGAGACCUAAUAAUAGGCUUGAAGUAUAUGUUUUUGCUCUAUUUAAUGAAGAUAUGAAGCCUGGACCCACAUCUGAGAGGAAUUAUGGGUUAUUUCAACCUGAUUGUAGAAUGGCUUACAAUGUUGGUCUAUCUAAUCUUGAUCGUCAACACUCUUCUAAUCCUUCUACUUCUAUCUCUUUGAUAUCUUCUGCCUCUAAGGUAGCAAACAAAAGAUAUCAAAGCUUAGUCCACUGGAUGUUUGUAUAUUUGCUAUCUUUACAUGUUCUUAUGAGAAGACAAACGUAACAAGAUCAUUGCAAGAUUGUAUUGUAAAUAUUAUUGAGUUUUAUCUUGUACUCUUUACAUUCUUCAUAUAAAUUUUUUUGCAUAUUUAAAAAAACGUAGGUCAUUUUCAAUUAGAAAAUUCAUGUGGACAACAAUAUUUUAUGUUAAUAUUGAUUAUUAU